AUUCAAACAGUACUUCGCUAUCUCCCUAGUAAAAAUGGUGGGGUUCAACUCGUUCUGAACGGACCUAGUCAGAUAUGCUCACAUAGAGUGUGGGCUUCAGUAUGGGAGUAUGAACAGCUCAAUGGCGGACAAACUGACAAUUCGCUGAAGUCAAGAGCUAGUAGGAAGAUCUAUGCUAGGGAAGUAUCUUUCGAUAAGCCAGGCGCCCGGUACAACAGAGAGGCUCUGGGCAAAAUGACUUGA